UAAAUGCUUUAAAACAUGGAGGCAGGUAGUGGGUGGGGAAGAAGAAUGUUUCUGUCUCUGCCUACCCUGACCAUGCUUAUUCCACUGGUCUCCUUAGCGGGCCUGUUCUACUCGGCCUCUGUGGAGGAAGACUUCCCGCAGGGCUGCACGAGCACGGCCAGCCUUUGCUUUUACAGUCUGCUCUUGCCCAUCACCAUCCCAGUGUACGUGUUCUUCCACCUGUGGACCUGGAUGGGUAUUAAGCUCUUCAGGCAUAAUUAAGGCAGCCACAGCCAGGAUGGCUACCUGUGUAAGUCCUAAGCACCUGUCCCCGACAGCUCAGCGGGGUGAAAAUACUGGAGACCCGUUUAGUUUGGAGGAAGUUGCUUUGCUUUGCUUUGCUUAACUCGGGUUUAGAACUAAGAGGCUUAAGCUGCAGAAGCUCUGACUGGACUU